AUGAGGGUUGGCGUUUCGUUCAAAAAUUACUUGACUCGUUUUCUGUUUAGGGAAUCUGAGGGAGUCAUGUAUGUCUUGUCUUCGAAGCUUUACGUGAGUCACUGGGAAAAUUUGCCAACGAUGGCAAGAUCGCGUGAUGCCACCGAGAUCUUUAAAAAAAACUCCAAGAAAUACUCCAAGCGCUUGAUUAUCUCCACAUUGAAUGUCAUAUCAUUCAUACCGAUCGUGACCUCUUAUCCCAGAAUGCUCGAGAUGAGUUUUGAAACCCCACUACCUCAGAAGCAUUGCAGCGAUGGACGCAUCAUCUAUCUAUCCCGUAAGGACUAUGGACCGCUUAAGGACAUUAUCGGACUGAUUGAAGUCGUCGACUUUGACAUAGCAGUCCAAGGUGAUAACCUUCAGGACGGCUGUAUCCAGGCGGAGGUAUAUCGUGCGCCAGAGGUCAUCCUUGACAGAGGGUACACGUAUAGUGCUGAUAUAUGGAGUCUGGGAGUUAUGCUAUGGGAUUUUCUAGAAGGACGAACACUGUUUAAAUCAAUUGAUCCACGCACGAUUGAAGUUAUUGAUGAAGAAACGCAUCUUGCAUAUAUACCGUCGCUUUUGGGUCCUGCCCCUUAG